GGCUAAAAUUGCCUUGCUUUGGCAUGUGUUUAUCUUUUGUGUUAAACUGGCAUCACCAAACAGCUGAUUAUAUUUUGCGACGGAAAAUGGAAGCAGAAACGUUGAAAGCAAAAGUUAAGCAAAAGCGUAUACGCAAAGCGCCAUAUCGAAAAUGGAGCGAGUGGGAGCAGCAGCAAUUGGUAAAUUUUCUGCGCCAAAAUAGGCCAAUCGAAAAGCCAAGUGCGCAGCUUUACUACAAGCGCUUCUUGAGCGAAAAUGGGCUUGAGAUAGAAUGGUCAACGGUGCGCAGCAAGGUCAAGAAUCUGAAGCAUACCUACAACAAGACAUGGAACAAUUCCACCGGGGCUGGGACUAUGCGAGAUGGCGAAACAACGCGAGAUACGCUGCUAAGGGAGUGCCCACUCUAUAAUGAGUUGGAAGAGAUAUUCGGUUAUAGGGAACAUCAGGCUAAUGCUUUUGUACUUGAUUCAGAAGACAGCAACACUAUGGAAUAUUCCACUGCUUCAGUAGAUGACGGAUCACCAAAUAUUGUCCUCGCCCCAACAGAAGACACUUCACGAAGCCCAGCUGGGUUUUAUGAAAUUGUCGAAGAAAGCGCUACAUUGGUAGAAACUCCGCGCACUACAGCGCAAACUUCACUAGUUCCACGUAAAGGGAUUUAUUCACGCACAGCACUUGCAGAUGUACUUGAAGUACAUUCCACAUUGGCGGAGUUCAAAAAGGAGAAGCUUGUUGCGGAAAAAGAAUUAAGGGAAAGGGAGCUUCUGCUGAAGGAAAAGGAAUUUAAUUUAAAGAAGGAGAAACAUGCUACUUACGAAAGACUUAAAUUAUUAGAAUUAGAAUCGAAAGAAAAAAUUGCAAUGAAAGAAAUAGAGAUGCGGGAGCGUGUAGAGAUGGAAAAAUUAAAAAUUCAAAAGUGA